AUGCAUCAGGUAAUGCGAAUGUACGAUGCAGAAUUUACAGACGCCCAGUUAUUAGAUCAAGGCAUUCCCGUAGACGACACAGAGGCUAUCGCUAUUGUAGAGUCCGGUACAAUGUUCGUCGGUGGGCGACUUAGUUACGCAAACUACUCGUCCAAUUUCAAGCAUCCAGUGAUCCUACUCAAUCGACAUCAUGUGACUGAUCUUAUUAUUCGCCACUAUCAUGGCAGAGAAGAACAUAGUGGCGACAUCGUUUUGAUACCAUCUGAAACCACAACACGUGACCAAUGGCCCAUGGGUAUCAUCGGUGCUGUGGAGCCAGACGGAGAUGGACUGGUGCAAACGGCUGAAGUGCAUACGGUUGGCGACAAGAUAAGAAGAGAUAUACAUCGUCUAUGUCUAUUAGAAGGAGACGACUAG